UAAAAUUCCUUUCACACCCUUUCGUCUUGUUUUCCUCUGUUUUCACUCCCCUCACACAACACUUCUUCCUAAAAUUUCAAAGUCCGCCCACUUCCUCUCUUUCUCUUAGUAAUUGAGAAUGCCAUCUAUUCGUAGAGACCGCAACGGCACGCUCAUCGCCACCCCCACAUCACCAUCACAACAACCCUUUGUCAUCACCGUCGUUGACCACUUCCUUCCAUACGACACCCACAACAUCUACGACAUCACCUUCGAUUCAAACCCCCCUAUCCAAACCCUCCUAACCUCAACCCCCUCCAUAGUCGACACCUGGUUCCUCGAAACCCUCCGUCUCCAAACCCCCUCCCCCAUCCUCGUCGGCCUCGACAUCGAAUGGCGCCCUAACUUCCAACGCGGCCAAUCAAACCCAGCCGCCGUCCUCCAGCUCUGCAUCAAUAACCGCUGCCUUGUUUUCCAAAUCAUCCAUUCCCCCUUCAUCCCUGAUUCCCUCUUAUCCUUCCUCGCCAACCCUAACAACAGAUUCGUUGGCGUUGGUAUUGAAGCUGAUGUAAAGAAGCUUCUAGAAGAUUAUAAUAUGAUCGUGGCGAAUUUCGUUGAUUUACGAAACCUUGCGGCUGAUGUGUUGAAUGAUCGAGAGAUGCUGAGGACUGGUAUUAAAUCGUUGGCGCAACGUGUGAUGGGGAAAAGUAUUCAGAAACCGAAGAGAGUUUCGAUGAGUAGAUGGGAUAAUGUUUGGCUUAAUGCUGAACAGGUUAAAUAUGCAACGGUUGAUGCUUUUGUUUCAUUUGAGAUUGGUCGUCGUCUCUAUUCUAAUCAGAAUUGAUUUUGAUAAUCCGUUAAAAAAAGUAUUGAUUUUGAUGAAUUCUUUGUGUUUUGUGAUUGGUUUUGUUUGAUUUUUCAGUACUGGUUAUUUAUGAAAACAUGAAUUUUCCUUUUGUGUUUGUGUUUAUGUGUUAAUGACAGUUAUUAUUGAUGGAUUUUGGAUUGAAGUAAUAAUUACAGCUUAAGAUUAACAAAGAACAUCUUGUUUUUCA